CCCUGGUUUACAACCCACUCAACCCGCAGCUCAUACACCUGGGCUUGCAGGUACUGGAAUUUGUUCAUCGGAACCUGCCGCUGCUACAAAACCUUAUUGCUCACCUGUACGGCUUCAAUUACCUGCCAAUCCUCCCAGAAUCCGUCCUACUCCCGGAAUAGGAUUCGCUGUGGUAUCAAUUGGACAGCUUCGACCUUGUGAAUGAUUCAGCCAAAAUCAGUCUCGUAGCUCGCAUAUUCCACAUAUCUCAUCGCCCCACCGAUGUCACCGAGUCGACGUCGCUCUACAGCCUUCAUCGUUUGAUAAGCGGAGACAAUCUUCGGUGGGACACAAUAGGUAACGUGUUGAUGUUGGCUAAUUGCGAUCUGCUGCACAUCCAUUAUCGCGACCUUGUCGGCGCAGAUCCUCGUCAACGAGAGCCAGCUGUGCUACGCUCGGAAUUCCAGCAGGUCACCGAGGCUUUCACGCAGCUGACUAGCAAUCUGCCAAUGUGUGAUGAGUUAGGCCUAUGUCUGAAGUAUAAUCGCUUUCUUCUGGUCUAUGACCAAUCAGACGAUUCUGGUCAGACCCUCCACUCAUCGUUCGCUACGAUCGUCUCUGCAACCUAUAUGGCAGGCUUCCAUCGUGUCACUCCAUCAGCAGGAGGGCACAUCACAUUCGUGCCGCAAUGGCGCCGACGGAUUUCCGCCAUGGUUUACACCAUUGAUAAGAAAUUGGCGAUGUUUCUGGACCGUCCGCCCCUAGUGAUGCGUCAGUACUGUGACAUGGAGGCCCCGGCAGAUGUAAACAUCAGCGAUGACGACACCACGAGGAUGAAAAGCAAGGGUGUCUCGUUGGAUGCGCUUGGGCUCAGUAAUGGGCGCAAAAAGCUCUCCAAUCAUGUUCAAUCGCCUCCACUUUCUCCUCGCCAUCAUCAAGGAGGAGAUUCUCGAAAUGCAGCUUGGCACAAACAAAUCGGCUGUACAGGAAAAGGCCCCGUAUGCUCUCGAUGCAUUGUGGCAGUCUUUUCCCAGCUACAUGAGAUAUACCAGCGAUAUGUGGGAAAAGCCGCUCGGGUGUGCAGAGGUCCUUACCCAUCUCUACAAUUAUCUGGACUUCCUCCAUUGCAAAUUUCUGACCCAAAGACUUAUACACCAAGAUACUGCCCGGGGGUAUUCCCAUCCGCUGAUUUCAGUGGCAGAGGAGGUCCUUUCUACCCUGCUUGUCCUGAACGAGGAGCGAGACAGGGUGAGAGGAGUGACCACCGAUCUAGCUCCAAUUUUUCUACCCUAUGGACUUUCAAGUGCUGAAACCCUCCUAUUUGACAUGCUUCAUGAUGACCCUUGUGCCCUGAGAGAUAGGGAGACCUAUCCGGGCCUCUCAUAUGCAAAAACAAUCCGCAAUCUCACUAUCUAUGUCUCAUGUCUGUCAUGGGUAGCUCCACGAGGCACCAGGAACUCUAACUGCUGCAGGAAAGCCCAGGCUCGACUCGAGCAGCUAUUGGACCGGGUUCUUGAUCCCAUCAGCACGGUCGGCGAUGUGGCGCCGGGAAACGCAGCUCUCGGCAUACCCAGUGUUUCGCUUCCGGACUUAGCGGACUAUGGCCCACAUUUAGAUUUUAGCUCGAUGCUGAGUUGGGAUCUUUCAGGGAUGGAAUGGGGCUAUGCUCCGUUUGUUUAGCAGGAUAAUUCUAAUUCCUCAUCCUGCAUGUCUCUCAUUCAGCAUC